CAGGGGAAAAACCUGGACACGCCGGACUCCCCUCGGUGGGAGCUGACGGGCUCUGUCAGGAGUGGCGCUAAACCGAGCAGGGAGUCCAGUCCAAGGUGCGGGAGGGUUCGAGCCCCGUCGCUGAGAGCUCGUCCCUGGGCCGGCGGCGAAGGACAGGCAGCAGCAGAGCCCCUGUGAGUCCGCCUGUGAGGAUGUGGCUGUACCUGGCCGCCCUGCUGGGGCUGUACUUCCUGCGCCGAUGGUACCGGGAGCGGCAGCGCGUCGAGGGCCUCCCGGAGAAAUACGUCCUGAUCACCGGCUGCGACUCCGGCUUCGGGAACCUGCUGGCCAAGCAGCUGGACGCGCGGGGCCUGCGGGUGCUGGCGGCUUGUCUCACCCAGCCGGGCGCGGAGCAGCUGAGGAAGGCGACGUCGGAGCGGCUGCAGACGGUGAUCCUGGACGUCACCCGCAGCGACAGCAUCGCCGCGGCCAGCGCCUGGGUGAAGGAACGAGUGGGGGAGAAAGGGCUCUGGGGCCUGGUGAACAACGCGGGGAUCGCCGUCCCCGCGGCCCCCAACGAGUGGCUGACCAAGGACGACUUCGUCAGGGUGCUGGACGUGAACCUGAUCGGCCCGAUCGAGGUGACCCUCAGCGUCCUGCCCCUGGUGAAGCGAGCCAGGGGCCGGGUCGUCAACGUGGCCAGUAUAAUGGGUCGACUGGCCUUCUUCGGAGGGGGCUACUGCCCGUCUAAGUACGGGGUGGAGGCGUUCUCCGACAGCCUGCGGCGUGAGAUGCUGCCUUUCGGGGUGAAGGUGUGUGUGAUCGAGCCGGGCUACUUCAGCACCGCAGUUACCAACCCUCACCUCAUUAUCGAGAACUUCACUCGCCUCUGGGAGCAGCUCCCCGAGGAAACCAAAGCGAGUUACGGGGAGAGUUACUUAAAAGCCUUUAUCCAGGCCACCCGCAAUCUGCCGAAAUCCUGCAACUCCGACUUGUCCGUCGUCACCGGCUGCCUGGAGCACGCGCUGACAGCCCGCCACCCCCGCACCCGCUACUCCGCCGGCUGGGACGCCAAGCUGUUCUUCCUCCCGCUGAGUUACCUACCCACCUGCUUCGCCGACUUCGUGCUGACGCGGUCCUACCCGGCACCCGCCCAAAAAGUGUAGGAGGAAGAUGCGGCGUUCGAAUGUCGGCAGGGGGCAGCGACCGGAGCAGCGUCGCUGGCACACGGGGUCCGAAUUCCCGGCGGGGGUGAGACCCCCUGUCCCGUGGCGCCCAGCUGAGACUAUGCAAAUCAGUUCUUAAUUACAAACCUUGAAUCAAA